GGGAGCCCUGACCUGAGUCGGAGCUGUGUGUCGCAGCCGCCCCGACCCCCGCCGAUCAUGCGGGGCCGCCCCUGGCUCGCCAGUCCCACCGGGCUGUGAGCCCCCCAUUCCCAGCCCCUCACGGCCCGCGCGCCAUGGGCAGCGCCCACCCUCACCCCUGGCUGCGGCUCCGACCCCGGCCCCAGCCGCGGCCCGCGCUCUGGGUGCUCCUGUUCUUCCUACUGCUGCUGGCUGCUGCUGUGCCCAGGUCAGCACCCAACGACAUCCUGGGCCUCCGCCUCCCCCCGGAGCCCGUGCUCAACGCCAACACGGUCUGCCUGACGUUGCCGGGCCUGAGCCGGCGGCAGAUGGAGGUGUGUGUGCGUCACCCUGACGUGGCCGCCUCAGCCAUCCAGGGCAUUCAGAUCGCCAUCCACGAAUGCCAACACCAGUUCCGGGAUCAGCGCUGGAACUGCUCUAGCCUCGAGACUCGCAACAAGAUCCCCUACGAGAGUCCGAUCUUCAGCAGAGGUUUCCGAGAGAGCGCUUUUGCCUACGCCAUCGCGGCAGCCGGCGUGGUGCACGCUGUGUCCAACGCGUGCGCCCUGGGCAAACUGCGGGCCUGCGGCUGCGACGCAUCCCGGCGUGGGGACGAGGAGGCCUUCCGUCGGAAGCUGCACCGCUUACAGCUGGACGCGCUUCAGCGCGGUAAGGGCCUGAGUCAUGGGGUCCCGGAACACCCGGCCUUACCCCCAGCCAGCCCCGGCCUGCAGGACUCCUGGGAGUGGGGCGGCUGCAGCCCCGACGUGGGCUUCGGGGAGCGCUUCUCUAAGGACUUUCUGGACUCCCGGGAGCCUCACAGAGACAUCCACGCGCGCAUGAGGCUCCACAACAACCGAGUCGGGAGGCAGCUCUCCCGAAGCAUCCCGUAUCUCCCCCCCCCACUCUCCUGGGGUUCAACCCCCAGUCCCAGUUUCCGGGGAAGGGAACCCCGAUUACCGAUCCGAAGGCCUAUUGGCUUCCUCCAAAGCCGGGCCUGUGGAGCUAAGAGGCCCGUCCCCUUCCCCCCAAUGAAGCUGCAGCCCAGUCUGCGGGUCAAAGCCCUGCAAUUAAGCCCCUCGCCCGCCCCUGCGCCGCCCGCCGGUCCUCCGCCAGGCCGGGUCUGCGCCGCCAAUUACAGCAGCACGCAGCAGCUGAUUACCCCGGAGCAGGAGUCUGGGGAGUGGCCCGGGGAUGGGCCCGCCGACCUGGUCUACUUCGAGAAGUCGCCCGACUUCUGCGAGCGCGAGCCGCGCCUGGACUCGGCGGGCACCGUGGGCCGCCUGUGCAACAAGAGCAGCGCGGGCCCGGACGGCUGCGGCAGCAUGUGCUGCGGCCGCGGCCACAACAUCCUGCGCCAGACGCGCAGCGAGCGCUGCCACUGUCGCUUCCACUGGUGCUGCUUCGUGGUCUGCGAAGAGUGCCGCAUCACGGAGUGGGUCAGCGUCUGCAAGUGAGCGGCCCGGGGUCCCCUGGGCUCCGAGCGAGGUCUCCUCCUCGCUCCGGGCCCUCUGUGGCUCUGAGAUCUUGGCCAGGCAGCAUCGACUUGGCGCCUGCGAGAGGAGAUGGGGCCACGUGAUCCUACAGGAAUCUCGCCGCUCCGAGAGUCUGAGAUCACGGGACACUACAGACCUGUCUGGACCCCACCACUCAGUUCUGUGGGCUCCGGGACUGAUUGGCCUCCCCCCUCCCCGCCCCAAGUGCAGACAGCUCAGAUGGGCUGGGGACUGCCCCCUACCCUGGGAUAAGUGUUAGCCAGCAACCCCUCAGCCUUUCUCCAUCUUUCAUGCCUCCCCCUGAAGUGGGAGGUAAUGAAUGAAGCUGAUGGGCAAAGGGAGGAGGAUUAAAAAGAAGAAAUCAACAUAAUUGAACUGAAGUGAUUCUAUAAAGGCCCAGGACACCCUUUCCCACAGUCUCCGCCCUUUACCAUUCCCCUCAUCAUUCACUUAACAAAUAUUUAUUUUGCACUCUCUUUGCGGCACUCUUUUGGGGGAUGACCGGCACUGGGGAUUCAGAUGUGAAUAAGAGAGCACAGCACCUGCCCUCUUGGAGAUUACAUUCUUGCUGGGGAAAUGGACAAUAAAUACGUAAAUAUGCAAACAA